AUGCCAAGGCUAAAUAUUCUUAGCAACAGGACAUCCUAUUUGUCAGCAAAUACGAAUUUACAUUUCGUACAACAUGAAUUGUGUGUCUUGCCUAACACAAUUGUUGUUGACUCCACUCCAACUGUAUACCCCUUUUCCUCAUAUCUUUCCAAGCCGCGCAUUGUGGAUAUGAACACCAUGCAAGACUGCACCACUAGAUAUGAAUUGCCUGAAGAAAUCCUACACAACAUGGAAGAGUCUUCCAAAAGUUCUGUUAGGAACAAUCUCCAGAAGUUCCAAAAAGACACCCUGCAGUAUGACAGAGGCGACUAGACAAACCAGGCGCACUCAACAGGAUAUUGCAAAACGAAGUCAAGAGGUUCCAAAUGGACGCUCUUACCAUCAUACAGAACAAAUACAAAGACGCAGACAAGCUUCGCACCGUUGCCCACACAAGCACAGAAAUUUAUGAAGAACUGCAGUUCCUCAUUGACAGAGGAGGGGCAGAUGAUAACAAAGACGUUUUACAAACGAUCCUUGAGAAAACCAGACGAUUGGCAGUCUACUGGUUUGCCAGUGGAAAAGCCAUGGACGGAGAGGCAAAAGAACUCACCACAAAAGCACUUAAACUCCCUACUAGUGUCAAGUUUCUCGAAGAUGAAAUUGAGAAGGACAAAGACAUGGUCUUCACUCCCAAAGUUGUUGCUAGCAUCCAACAGGCACGAUACGAAGAAAGCAUGCUCUGAAGUGCGGUUGCCCUAAAACGAGGACGAUUUUC